UGCGAGAGAGAGAGAGAGAGAGAAGGACAAGGCGCCGCCCCGGGUUCGCUUUUUCGACCACCGACACCGACCACGCCCGAACGGACAAGCCUUCAACCCACUUUGGCGAUUUCCUCUUCUUUUUUUUUCCCUUGUCCACCAUCCUCCGCCUCCGACGAUCAAAUCGCCUGCGUCCCUCUGCCGUGUGGUCCGACAACGGAAAAUCAAUUGAGGAAGUUUUUUUUCCUGGAACUUCUCCCUCAAUUGAACCAAUCCGAACCCGCUUCGCUCCCUACGCACCCCCGAAUAAAGCUCCGGCUCCGACGAACGGUUCCCGUGAAUCUUAAAGAUGGCUUCCCUUGCGACGGCGGCUCGUCUUUCUGCGAGGGUUGCUGGCCGGAGAAUACCCGCAGAGUCCACAGCUCGAGGCUUCCGGACCUCAGCACGAUGCCUCGCGGCCCAGAACUUCUCCAUGCCCGCCCUCUCCCCGACCAUGACCGAGGGCAGCAUCGCCAGCUGGAAGGUCAAGGAGGGCGAGUCCUUCUCCGCCGGCGACGUACUCCUCGAGAUCGAGACCGAUAAGGCAACCAUGGACGUCGAAGCCCAGGACGACGGCAUCAUGUUCAAGAUCACCACCGGCGACGGCGCCAAGGCCGUCCAGGUCGGCACCCGCAUCGCCGUCAUCGCCGAGUCCGGUGACGACCUCUCCACCCUCCAGGUCCCCGCCGAAGACAACACCUCAUCCUCCUCGAAGCCCGCCCCCGCCGCCGAGAAGGAAGCCCCCAAGAGCGAAGGCUCCGCGGCGUCGUCGGCUCCCGCGCAGCAAAAGGGCGGCGCGGCCAAGACCUCCGGCUCCAAGGCCCGCGAGCAGCGAUACCCCCUCCUCCCCUCCGUCCAGGCCCUCGUCAACGGCCACGGCCUCGACAAGGACGCCGUCAACCAGAUCGAGCCCACGGGCCCCAACGGCCGCCUCCUCAAGGGCGACGUCCUCGCCUACCUCGGCACCAUCAACGCCGAAACCCCCAGCAAGAUCAUGGACCGCGCCGUCAAGAUGUCCCACCUGGACCUGAGCAACAUCAAGGUCGCGCCCAAGAAGGAGGCCGCACCCGCGCCCAAGAAGGCCGAGGCCGUCGCCCCCGCCGCCCCCGUCGACUCCGAGGUCGCCCUCCCCGUCUCCCUCGCAAAGGUCCUCGAGGCCCAGAAGCGCAUCCAGUCCACCCUCGGCGUCUUCAUGCCCGUCUCCACCUUUGUCGCCCGCGCCGCCGAGGUCGCCAACGACGACCUGCCCCCCUCGGCCCGCAAGGCCACCGCCGACGAGCUCUUCAACCAGGUCCUUGGCCUCGACAAGCUGGCGCCCCGCGGCUCGCGCGGAUACUACCUGCCCCAGAUCUCCGCCCUGCCCGAGGCUUCGCUCUUGGCCCCCCGCGCGUCGAAGCGGUCGUCCUCGGCUGACAUUAUCGACCUCCUCGCUGCCCCGGCCAAGAAGACUGCUGCUAAGAAGCCGGUCGCUGCUCACCACACCCCUGGCAUGUCGUCGGGAAGCAACCUGUUCACCGUGAUGGUGCCGCAGGGCGAUGAGAAGCGCGCCAAGGUGUUUUUGGAGAGGGUCAAGGUGAUUCUGGAGGAGGAGCCUGGCAGACUUGUUCUGUGAGGUGUUGUAUGUGUGAGGGAUAAAUAGACGGGGAGCCCCUAAGAGCAUGCCGGGGAAUUGAUGGGAGAAAUGGAACGAAAUAUUUCAUCAUCGGCAAACGUAGGAGACUGAUAGAAAUCUUUUUCUUGGCCCCCGACGCGGCGGGAAGAAAAUGUACUUGUAGCGUGUUGUGGCAUGGGAGACAGUUGAAAACGUCAUAUACAUCUAUACACCGUCCCAAAUUCAGCUUUUCAAAAAAUCUACCCCAAACUUACCAGUUGCCGAGAGUAGUGUCCGUAACAUAUAGGCCGAGCCCGUUUCGCCCUGGAGCUGGGAGCUGUGACGAU